AUGGCUGGGGAGAACCAGCAGCGGACUCUCCGGAAGAGCAUCGCGGCUCAGCAGCCGGCGCCUCGGUCGUCCCCGCUGCCGCCGGCCAACAGCCCCAGCGCCCCCCGAGCGCCCAGCCCGGAGAGCGGCGACCCGGAGCGGGUGGCGCUCAAGAAGGAGAUCGGCUUGGUCAGCGCCUGUGCCAUCAUCAUAGGUAAUAUUAUUGGUUCUGGCAUCUUUAUUUCACCCAAAGGAGUUCUUGAGCAUUCUGGGUCAGUGGGACUCGCACUCAUAAUAUGGAUACUUGGUGGUGGUAUCUCAGCACUUGGGUCUCUCUGUUACGCUGAAUUAGGCGUUACCAUCCCUAAAUCAGGAGGCGACUACUCCUACGUCACUGACAUUUUCGGUGGAUUAGCUGGAUUUCUACUACUAUGGAGUGCAGUCCUUAUCAUGUACCCUACCAGCCUGGCUGUCAUUGCGCUGACUUUUUCUAACUAUGUGCUACAGCCAGUUUUCCCCAAUUGCAUCCCACCCUACAAAGCUUCACGAGUCCUCUCCAUGGUGUGUUUGUCACUGUUGACUUGGGUGAACAGCUCCAGCGUUCGGUGGGCCACACGAAUCCAGGACAUCUUCACAGCAGGAAAACUCCUGGCUUUGGGUCUUAUCAUAACUGUGGGCUUUGUGCAAAUCUUCAAAGGAAACUAUGAACCGUUAAUACCAAACAAUGCAUUCACCUUCUGGAUGACCCCGUCUGUGGGACAUUUGGCGCUAGCCUUUCUCCAAGGCUCUUUUGCAUUCAGUGGGUGGAAUUUCCUAAAUUAUGUGACAGAAGAACUGGUUGAGCCACGCAGGAAUCUACCCCGUGCCAUAUUCAUCUCCAUUCCCCUGGUGACCUUUGUAUACACCUUCACCAAUAUUGCUUAUUUCACGGCCAUGUCACCCCAAGAACUCCUGUCUUCCAAUGCUGUGGCGGUAACAUUUGGUGAGAAGUUACUGGGCUAUUUCUCCUGGGUUAUGCCAGUGUCUGUGGCAUUGUCUACAUUUGGAGGAAUAAAUGGAUACCUUUUUACCUCCUCAAGGCUGUGUUUCUCUGGUGCCCGAGAAGGUCACUUACCAAGUCUCUUGGCCAUGAUCCAUGUCAAACACUGCACCCCAAUUCCGGCUCUCCUUGUCUGCUGCCUGGCUACAGUGGUCAUCAUGCUGGUUGGAGACACCUACACCUUAAUUAACUAUGUGUCCUUCAUCAACUACCUCUGCUACGGAGUGACAAUCAUAGGCCUGCUUGUGCUACGAUGGAAGAAGCCUCAGAUCUUCAGACCCAUCAAGGUAAACCUCCUGGUUCCAAUCACUUACCUGAUCUUUUGGGCCUUUCUCUUAAUCUUCAGUUUAUAUUCUGAGCCAGUGGUCUGUGGCAUUGGACUGGUUAUCAUCUUUACUGGAGUGCCAGUGUUUUUUCUUGGAGUGUACUGGAAAAACAAACCAAAGUGUGUAAAUAGAAUAACAGAAUCUUUAACCCACUGGGGCCAGAAGAUCUGUUUUGUUGUCUAUCCUCAGAAGGAAUCUUCUGAAGAUGAUCUACCUUUCACCGAUUAUCCCUCUCAAGAAGUCAAAAGACCUUAA